UCGAAAACUCCUCUACUAGUACCACAUGCACUAGCCACCUCUCCUUCAUGCAUUAAUGGCUGAUCACGACCACGACCAGGACCACGAUCACGAUCUCUCCUCCGUUCUUCACUCCACAAGCAGCCGCCGGAGCUGCCGGAGCUUGCCUUCCUCUAUAGUCUCCGGCGGCAGCUUUCGGGAGCUAUGGACCGCGCCUUCCGACGUGUUCAGCCAGAGCGCACGGCGCGACUACGACGACGAGGACCGGCUCCGCUGGGCGGCAAUCGAGCGGCUUCCGACGUUCGAGCGGUUAAGGAAAGGGAUGGUCACGCAGGUUGUCGACGGCGGUCGAGUAGUUCGCAGCGAGAUCGAUGUCUCGAAGCUCCGGACGACGGAGAAGAAGAUGAUCAUCGACAGUUUUCUCAAGCUCGUUGAAGAAGAUAACGAGAAGUUUCUUCUCAAACUUAGGGAGAGAACUAAUAGAGCGGGAAUUGAGAUUCCGAAGAUCGAAAUUCGGUAUGAGAGUUUGUGUGUUGAAGGAGACGCAUAUGUUGGGAGCAGAGCACUUCCUACUCUGCUUAAUGUUACUUUGAACACCAUUGAGAGUAUUCUGGGGUUGGUUCGGCUUACUCCAUCAAAGAAGAGAAAAAUCCAGAUACUUCAAAAUGUCAGCGGAGUUGUCAAACCCUCUAGGAUGACGUUACUUCUGGGCCCUCCAUCUGCAGGGAAAACAACCUUGCUUUUGGCACUUGCAGGAAAGCUUGAUCAUGAUUUAAGGGUAUCUGGGAAAGUGACUUAUUGUGGUCAUGAACUGAAUGAAUUUGUUCCUCAAAGAACAUGUGCUUAUGUUAGUCAGCAUGAUCUGCACUAUGGAGAGAUGACAGUGAGAGAGACGUUGGAUUUCUCGGGACGUUGUUUAGGCGUCGGCACUAAGUACGAAACCUUAGCCGAGCUCUCGAGAAGAGAGAAAGAAACAGGAAUUAAGCCAGACCCUGAGAUUGAUGCAUUCAUGAAGGCUGCGGCAAUGUCAGGCCAAGAAACUAGUGUGAUCACUGAUUAUGUUCUCAAGAUACUUGGAUUGGAUAUUUGCGCGGACAUUUUGGUUGGUGAUGAGAUGAGAAGGGGUAUUUCUGGUGGGCAGAAAAAACGUUUGACAAUAGGGGAGAUGUUGGUAGGACCAGCUAAGGUUCUUUUAAUGGAUGAAAUAUCGAACGGAUUGGACAGUGCCACCACUUUUCAGAUUUGCAACUACAUGAGACAAAUGACUCACAUUUCAGACGUCACAAUGGUUGUCUCUCUGCUACAGCCAGCACCAGAGACAUACGAGCUUUUCGACGACAUUAUCCUACUUUCAGAAGGCCAGAUUGUGUACCAAGGUCCGCGAGAGAAUGUACUCGAGUUUUUCGAGUACAUGGGCUUCAAAUGUCCAGAGAGGAAAGGAGUUGCCGACUUUCUUCAAGAAGUAACUUCCAAGAAAGACCAAGAACAAUAUUGGUCCAAGAAGGACCAGCCUUACACAUACAUUUCAGUUCCCGAAUUUGUCAAUGGCUUCAAGUCUUUCCACAUUGGCCAAAGACUUGACACCGAUCUUAAGAUUCCGUACGACAAAUCCAGUGUCCACCCAUCUGCAUUGGUGAAGAACAAGUAUGGAAUUUCGAAUACGGAGCUGUUGAAAGCAUGCUUUUCAAGGGAGUGGCUGCUGAUGAAGCGCAAUUCUUUUGUCUAUGUCUUCAAGAGUACUCAAAUAAUAAUCAUGUCGAUAAUCACCUUCACUGUGUUCCUUAGGACGGAAAUGCAAGUGGGCACUUUGCAAGAUGGAGGCAAAUUUUAUGGAGCACUCUUUUUCGGUGUGAUUAAUGUUAUGUUCAAUGGGAUGGCAGAAAUGGCACUGACAGUUUUCAAGCUUCCUGUGUUCUAUAAACAGAGGGAUUUCCUGUUUUUUCCUGCUUGGGCUUUUGGCUUACCUGUUUGUAUUCUGAAAAUUCCCCUAUCCUUUUUGGAAUCAGGGAUAUGGGUUAUUCUAACAUACUACACAAUUGGCUUUGCUCCGGCUGCUAGCAGAUUUUUCAAACAAUUCUUGGCUUUCUUUGGCUUGCAUCAGAUGGCUCUGUCCUACUUCCGGCUUAUAGCUGCACUAGGAAGAACACUAGUCCUCGCUAAUAUGUUGGGUACCUUUGCCAUGUUGAUGGUUUUUGUGCUAGGGGGAUUUGUAAUUUCCAAAAAUGACCUUGAGAAAUGGAUGUUAUGGGGAUACUAUGCUUCUCCUAUGAUGUACGCACAGAAUGCAAUAUUCAUGAAUGAAUUCCUUGAUAAAAGAUGGAAUACGCCAAUUUCUUUUUUCGAAGUUAACGGACCUACAGUCGGGAAAGUCCUCCUUGAGUCUAGAGGGUACUUCACUCAUGAAUAUUGGUAUUGGAUUUGUAUCGGGGCACUUUUCGGGUUUUCUCUUCUCUUCAACAUUUUGUUUAUUGCAGCAUUGGCCUAUAUGAACCCUAUUGGAGAUUCCAAAGCUGUCAUUCUAGAUGAAGUAAGUGAAGAAGCGAAAGAGAAGCCAUCGUCCAGCGAACAAACAUUUGAAGGUAUUGAUAUGCUAGUGAAAGGUUCUUCAGAGAAUAAUAGAUCUUCUGAGCAUGCACCAAGAAGAGGAAUGGUUUUGCCCUUUGAACCUCUUUCACUUGCAUUUAACCAUGUGAACUACUACGUGGAUAUGCCUUCUGAAAUGAAGAGACGUGGAAUAGAAGAAGACCGCCUUCAACUGCUACGUGAUGUCAGCGGUAGUUUCAGACCAGGGAUAUUGACAGCAUUAGUCGGUGUCACUGGUGCUGGGAAGACAACACUUAUGGAUGUCUUGGCAGGAAGAAAGACCGGCGGUUAUAUCGAGGGAAGCAUUACCGUCUCUGGCUAUCCAAAGAACCAAACAACAUUUACUAGGGUCAGUGGCUAUUGUGAGCAAAAUGACAUUCAUUCACCAAAUGUCACUGUCUAUGAAUCCCUUCUCUAUUCGGCAUGGCUUCGGCUUUCUUCGGAUGUGAAGACAAAAACGCGAAAGAUGUUUGUUGAAGAAGUCAUGAAACUUGUUGAACUAAACCCAAUUAGAGAUGCUCUAGUGGGGCUUCCAGGUGUAGAUGGUCUUUCAACAGAACAAAGGAAAAGACUAACAAUAGCUGUGGAGUUAGUUGCUAAUCCAUCGAUCAUCUUCAUGGAUGAACCAACAUCCGGUCUCGAUGCCAGAGCUGCUGCCAUUGUCAUGCGUACCGUGAGAAACACCGUUGAUACGGGAAGAACCGUUGUGUGCACAAUUCACCAGCCAAGCAUUGAUAUUUUUGAAGCUUUUGAUGAGUUGAUACUAAUGAAACUAGGUGGACAAUUGGUUUAUGCCGGACCUCUUGGUCACAAUUCGCACAAGCUCACAGAAUACUUGGAAGGAAUUCCAGGAGUUCCUAAGAUUAAGGAUGGUUACAAUCCUGCAACAUGGAUGCUUGAGGUCACUGCUCCUUCAGUUGAGGCUCAACUUGGUGUCGAUUUUGCAGAAAUUUAUACCAAGUCUUCUCUUUACCAGAAGAAUCAGGAGCUUAUCAAAGAGCUCAGUACUCCGGCACCGGAGACCACGGACCUGUUCUUUCCUACCAAGUACUCCCAACCAUUUCUCGUCCAGUGCAAAGCUUGUUUCUGGAAACAGCAUUGGUCUUACUGGAGAAACCCUAAAUACAAUGGCGUCCGGUUCUUCAUAACCAUAAUCAUUGCUGUGCUAUUUGGUCUUAUCUACUGGAACAAGGGACAAAAAACGGGCACAGUACGAGAGCUGAUGAAUCUUUUGGGAGCCAUUUUUACUGCUGUGUUCUUCCUUGGAGCCAGCAAUGGCUCUGCAGUGCAGCCUAUUGUGGACAUCGAGAGAACGGUUUUCUACCGCGAGAGAGCCGCGGGAAUGUAUUCAACACUGCCUUAUGCAUGUGCUCAGGUGGCCAUAGAGAUAGUCUAUUCAGCAACUCAAUGCUUGGUUUACACUAUUAUCCUCUACUCUAUGAUUGGAUUUGAGUGGAACAUAGGGAAAAUAUUCUGGUUCUACUAUUAUGUUUUAAUGUGCCUAGUCUACUUCACAGCUUAUGGGAUGAUGGGAGUGGCAUUGACUCCCGGCCACCAAAUUGGUGCCAUUUUCAUGUACUUCUUUUGCUGCUUCUGGGUCUUGUUCUGUGGUUUUAUUCUCCCUAGAGAGCAAAUUCCAAUCUGGUGGAGAUGGUACUACUGGGCUUCUCCUGUGUCUUGGACAAUACAUGGCGUAGUGGCAUCUCAACUGGGUGACAAACAUACUAAUGUGGAGAUACCUGGGCUUGGCACUAGUAUUCCAUUGAACAAGUUUAUCAAGGAACAAUUGAAUUUUGACUAUGACUUCCUUCCUAUAGUGGCUUUGGUAAAUAUUGGUUGGGUCUUGCUCUUCCUCUUUGUCUUUGCUUACGGCAUCAAGUUCUUCAACUUCCAGAAGAGAUAGCCUAACUUCUCACCUUUCCAAUGUGCAAUUGAUCAAUAAUGUGGGAAACAAAGAGUUUCCUUGUUUAAUAAUAUUUUCAUUGUGUCCUAAAUUAUUGUAUUGGUAUUCUCAGUCUUGUACACCAACAAAAUGCUACUUGUUGAUUUGUGAUAAGAUUCACUUUGUCAUAAGUUU